GACGCUUGAACAAGAUUUGUGCGCGGUUCGUGGGAAAUAUUUUUGUUUUGUAAUUGCGGUAGUAGUUUAUAAAAGUCUUUCACUGGAGUAAUAGGCAGUGUAUACAUUUUUAUUGAUUUAAAGAUGCUGGUAGCAUAAAUAGUUCUCCUGGAUAUAAAAAAAAAUGAAGUUUACAGCCAUUCUAAGUGUUCCUAUAUGUAUAUUUGGAGUGUUAUUUGCUUUGGAAAGCAACGAAACUAAUAGUGAAUAUAAUAAUGAAUUCGACGACAAGAAUAUUUCAGCAAGUAAUGUUGAAGAGCUAAAGGAUCUUCUAGUGAGAGAUAUAGUAGAAGAAUUUAAAGACGAUUUCUUAAUUGAAACACAUACAGACAUCAGUGACACGAUUGAAGAAGAUGACUGGGACAUGGAAAUGGGUGAAUCAACUGUCAAUGCUACAGAUUUUAUGCUGAAUAAAAGUGUUAGCAACACAAGCACAGAACUGGGUAACCAACACCCACUCUACGGAAACUUGUCAGUAUCUAUAGAAGAGGCAACGAGCACCAUAGAAGAGAAAUCAGUUAUAAACGCGAAUGAAAGCAAGAGCGAUGAAAGUACAGAUAUUGGUAACCAGCAACUGCAUGAGAAUUUUACACAAGCAGCCUUUGAAACAAUGGACAUCGCAUUAAACAAUACAGGGAUCAGCAGGAAUAAUUCCGAUACCUCAAGUGUAGAGAAAGUAGAUGUAACCACAAGGAAGCCAUUAUGGUCAGAGUUGUUAGAUGACGUCACUGUCGAGGAAAUAUUUAUAGAAAUUACAGCUAAGCCAGAACAUGCCAGCAAAACUUCAACCACUACAGAAACAAACCAGAGAGUAACAGAAAUGGAUGAAGACUUAAAACAUUACAUCAAAGACAACUCAAAACAGGGACAUUAUGUUUCUCAUACAACAAUUAAACCAAGCAACGACCAAAGCUAUAUAACAGAGUACUUUAAAGGCGGGCUCCAAUCAACCACUGCAUAUCCUAGACCAAGCAAUCCUUGGGAAGAUAAAUUACAAUUUGUUCCUGUAGCUAAAGAGUUAACAACACAGAACCCAAAAGCACGUACCAAAUCCGAUAAACAUCAAAAUAUCAAGGGAGGUAAAGCAAGAUCAAGAAACGUUUAUGUCUACGAGACAGACAAAGACGAUGAUUUGAUGGUGGCUAACAAGGAAGAAGAUGAAUAUAUUCUUGUGAAGUAUAACAGUGGGACGGUACGGGUGAAACGGUCACUUGAGGAUUACAGUGGAGGUUCACCGUCGGCAUUAGCAGUAAGAGGUGAAGUGUGGAUUUCCCCUGCUGUUAGUGGGAAUAAGUCGAUUAACGGAACAGACGAGAACAAUAUAUUAAAAAGACGUUUUGCUGUAUCAUUGAAGAAGUACUUGGCUAAAUACAUUAACAAGACGUCAUAUGCCUCUUUAAAUUCUACGUAUAUUGCCGUUAGUAUGCUUCGGCCUAGUAGUAGCUACACUAUAGUUGAAUUUGAACUUUUUAUAUAUUAUUUUGUUCUCGAAUACGACACUGCAUUCGACAUUGAAGUACGUUUGGUGGUGGCUAACGCCUUGAUCAACAUGAAUGAUUUAGAGACAAAUUAUCAUGUGUUUAUGUCGAUGUUAGAAAAUGUCACGGAUGUACUGCAAGCAGCAAAAUGCAUUACAUGUGAGGCGUACGAAUUCUGUGAGCCAGUCAACAACAAUAUGACCGAGUGGCACUGCAAGCCAUCAGAACCACGUGCAUAUCCAUAUGGAGUUCUGUCAAUGGAUGAAACAUUACCAAGGAAUAGGGAAUUCGCCUCUGCAAAAAUUUAUGUAGAAGAUUUUAUACCAUAUGAAAACACACUAUUUCAAUACCUGUGGAUAUCCGUGAAUGGAUUGAUAAGUUUUGGCGAGGAGUUUUCCAGCUUCACGCCCCAGCGACUGCCAGUGUUAGAUAAAAAAGGAAAUCCUCGACCUCUGUUGGCUCCGUACUGGACAGACCUUGAGCUCACAGAUGGCGAUGAGGGACAGGUUUAUUAUCAUGUUUACAAGUGCUGGCUAGAAAAAUCCUCUAAAGCAUGUGAAAGGGCGAACAGCGACAUUGUUAGAUAUGCUAGCUCUUCAACCUACACUUCCACCGUCGUUAUUGUAGUCACAUGGGUUAAAGUGCCCGUUGCAGGAAAUCAUAGAAACGAGCGUGUGUCAUUCCAGUGCGUUAUUGCGACCGAUGGCUACACAACCUAUGCUAUUUAUCUAUAUAUGCAAGGAGCUAUGCAAUUCAAGCUAUUGUCGGCAAGGAACGUUGAGAUUGGGUGGGGAAAACAAAACUUCAGCACAUCCAGAUUGUCGUAUUAUAUGUUUGACCGAGUUCUGGGAAAUACAGGAGCACCUGGCCAAUGGUUUAUCAAAGUUGGAGAAAAAGACAACUAUAAAAUGAUGUGUAGAUCAUGGUAUCGAUCAGCCUCUGUUGCUGAAUUGAUUGCUAUCAAUAAUAAGAAUAUAGAAAUGCCAGCAUGUCCAUGUAAUGAAUUGGUGGCCUACAAUAGUCCACUUUGGGUGCAAACCACACAUGUCCAGAAUCAAAGUCACUGUUUUGAUUUACUGCCAUAUUAUGGUGAAUUUGGAAGGCGAUGCUGCUAUCGUAUGGAUGGGAGUUUCAGUCUUGAAAGCAGAAAGCCACAAGCAGGCAGCCUUCAACGCAACAAUGCUUUCAAUUCUUUAAUACACAAUUCUAGAGAUCACCAACUGAAUGAUAUUGAACCAAAAAAUUGGUGCUGCUAUCAAUCUGAUUUAUGUGAACUAUACUAUGAAUUAAGACCAACUGUACAAUGUAUUGCAAGUAGUUGGGUGAGGGGAUUUUUGUUUGGUGACCCUCAUAUUUUUACUUUCGAUGAGCGAUUUUAUAUUUUUAAUGGCCUUGGAGAAUAUAAAAUAUUGGAGAUAGAUGGCAUUGCAAAGGACAGAACUGACAUCAAUUUUAUGAUGCAGGGUCGGACUUGCAGUGCAUUAAGCAAAAAUGGAACAAAAGCAAGAGCUGCAGUUUGGUGUGCUUUUGCUUUUAAAAAUGGAGAUGAUAUGAUAUUAACAGUACAAAUAAGACCUGGGGAUAGAAUGAUGGUUAUUUAUGCAAACAAUAGAGAUUACUCUGCACCAUUUAAAAAUGAGCCAGAAUUCUUUGCUGUUGAAAAGGGAAUGGUCAUCAGACAACAAAAUGGAUCCUUGAAAGUUUCAUUUUCUGAAAGUGUUGGAGUCACAAUUACCCUAUCAUAUGGUUUUCUUGAAGCUUAUGUAAGCUUAGAUAAGAAAUAUCAGAAUAUGACACGAGGGCUCUUAGGCAAUUUCAAUUAUAUCAAGACAGAUGAUUUUAUAUUUCCUAAUGGGACUACACUCACAGAUAAAUCGUCUGAAAGACAACUUCUUCAUUUUGUCCAGAGCUGGGCAAUUACUCAGUCUGAAAGCUUAUUUCCAUAUGCUUAUGGGCAAAGCACAUCAACAUUUUCCUAUACAAAUUUCACCCCUUUAUUUUAUGAUGAGCUUAGUUAUGCAAUAACAAAUUCUUCCAGCACAUUUUGUAAUGGAAUGUUUCAAAUACCUUGUAUUUAUGAUUACAUUGCUACUCAAAAUGAAAGUUUAGCAAAACAUUCACUAGAAGUAGCAGAUCAGUUCAUAAUGGAGAAUACCAAUAUGGCAAAUCAAGCACCAUUUAUUAAGCUAAAUCAAACAAACUUUGAAAUAGAUAUAAAUACUCCUUUUUUCAUCAAUGUUAGUGGUUAUGAUAUUGAUGGGAAUGUAACACACUUCAUAGUAUUAACCAAUGUAAAUUACACUGAAAAGCAAAAAAAUCAAGUUACUUCAACACAUAAUGCAACAACCGAAUUUAUGUUUAUGGUUACAAAUUUAACUGUAGUAACAAUUGGAAUAACAGCUGUUGAUGAUAAAAACCUGCAGUCUGAGGUUAUCCCUUUGUCUCUUACUCUCUGUACUGGUUGCAAUAAUCAGGGAUCAUGUAACUUUUCUGUUACCAGACCUACUACAUCUCCUUAUUUUACCUAUGCAACCUGCAACUGUAACUCUAGCCAUAGAGGCAUGUUGAUAGUUUAA